GGGAAGGUGUGAUUUGACGGGAUUCGAAUUUGACGUAAACAAUGUCAUUACGUGAAGCCGGUUCAACACGUUUGAAACAGCUGGAACAGUGUUAUUUGAAUGUAUCGCGUAGUGAAGAUGUCCUUUCCAUUGAAUCAUUAUUAGAUACUCUCAUAUGUUUAUUCGAUGAAUGCUGUAGUUCUACGUUACGUAAAGAGAAAAAUAUCGCCGAUUUCGUUGAAUAUGUGAAACCAGUGGUGGUGAAAGCGAAAGCAUUACGGUUAUGUCGAGAAGAUUUCGAAGUACUUAAAGUAAUCGGACGUGGUGCAUUUGGCGAAGUGGCUGUUGUACGAAUGCGCAAUACCGAGAGGGUGUAUGCAAUGAAAAUACUGAAUAAAUGGGAAAUGUUGAAACGAGCUGAAACAGCAUGCUUUCGCGAGGAACGAGAUGUCUUGGUGCACGGAGAUCGCCGAUGGAUAACUAAUCUGCAUUAUGCUUUUCAAGAUGAACGAAAUUUGUAUUUGAUAAUGGAUUACUAUGUGGGUGGCGAUUUACUAACACUGUUAUCGAAAUUUGAAGUACGAAUACCGGAAGAUAUGGCACGAUUUUAUGUUGCUGAAAUGGUACUUGCUAUUGAUUCCGUUCAUCGAUUAGGAUAUGUCCACAGAGAUAUUAAGCCGGAUAACGUGUUACUGGAUAUCAAUGGUCAUAUUCGUUUAGCUGAUUUUGGAAGUUGCUUGAAACUACUUCCCGAUGGCACUGUUCAUUCUAAUGUUGCAGUCGGUACACCUGAUUAUAUAUCACCUGAAAUACUACGAGCAAUGGAAGAUGGUCGUGGACGUUAUGGUGCAGAGUGUGAUUGGUGGUCUCUUGGCAUAUGUAUGUAUGAAAUGCUUUAUGGUGUUGCUCCAUUUUAUGCUGAAAGUCUAGUGGAAACAUAUGGAAAAAUUAUGAGCCAUCAGGAAAUGUUAGAUUUUCCGGAUGAUAUUGAUAUUUCGGAAGAAGCGAGAGAUUUAAUGAAGCGACUAAUUUGUCCACGUGAAACACGUCUUGGCCAAAAUGGUUUUGUUGAUUUUGCAUCGCAUCCAUUCUUUGAAGGUAUCGAUUGGGAUGCUAUACGUGAAAUGGAUACUCCUUAUCGCCCGGAAGUAUCAAGUCCCACAGAUACAUCAAAUUUCGAUGUGGAAGCAUGUUCACCGGACUUCACACCUUGUGACACGAAACCACCCAAUGUUACUGCACCGUUUACUGGUCAUCAUUUGCCUUUUAUAGGAUUUACUUAUACUCACGACAGCAUGAUGUCGGAUUGCAAGAGCUUGUCGUUAUCAGGAUUAGAUUCAAGUGCUGAUUCAUUGCCAGCCCUAACAGCUGAAGCAUACGAAAGGAGAAUACAAAGACUUGAGCAGGAAAGAACGGAACUUUCUCGGAAAUUUCAAGAGGCAAAUCAUCUGAUACAAACACGUUUUCAUGGUUCGUCUCCUGACGGUGAGACAACGAAUGAUUCAGCUAAAUACGAACAAACCAUAGCUCAGUUAAAGGAUGAAGUUCAGAUCUUGAAAAAACGCUUAGCAGAAGAAAACAGUUCAUCGCUGAGGCCUGCAAAAGAUUCAAAUCAAGAAGAAUUGGAAAAGAAAAUGAAAGAACUGAAAGAGAAGAAUCGACAAUUAAUUUUGGAUAAGCAAGAUUUACAACGAGAUUUGGAGGAAACAUUUGAGAGAUUGACAAUACAAACAAGAGAAUUGAAAGAAGCUGUGAAACAUCGGGAUUUGGCUAAACAAGAUUACGAUGAACUUAAUACAGCAUUACUGGAUGAACGAGAUAAACUGAAGCGUUCAGAAAAAUUAGUCAAGGAACGUGAAUCAGAACUCUUUCAAUUGCAGCAAAAACUGGAUGCUUUUAAAUUGGAACUUCGAAAGCUCGAAAAUGUUCGAAAAGAAAUGGAAGCAACAGUAGAGCGCGCUCAUCAAGAUUUGUCAAGCGAACGUUUACUACGUGAAACAUUACAAACAAAACUUGCAUCGCAGGAGUCAAAAACUGAGAGUGAAGAGGUAGCACGAUUAACCUCUGAGUUGCAAAAAGUAAACGUGCGCUAUGCAGAAAUGGUUGACUCAGAGGAGAAAAAACGUCAACAGACGGUUGAGUAUUGGAAGUCACAAAUGGUCGACUUACAGAAUAGUUUGGACCAGCAGCAAAAGGAAUUGGUGAGACUGAAAGAGCGCCAAGAUGAGGAGAGAGCGGAAUGGCGUACAAAACAUGAGGAACAAAUAGUUAGCAUCGAAAAUCUUUAUGAAAGAAGAUUGAAAUUGUUGGAAGGAGAGAAUGCUCGGCUUGGUACGGAGAAUGAUGAGUUGAGAAGUGAUAUGACCAAGUUGCAGUCGGAAAUCAAAUCGCGGCUCUCAACAACACUUCCAUUCCCUAACACAUCCGGUCUUACUGAAAGCCAACUUCAAGAAUUGUUACAAUGGGUCAAUGAUGAAAAAGAUGCAAGAGAUUCGCUGCAGAAUUUGGCAAGUCGCUUACACGGGGAUGUGGAAUCGUUGAAAAUACAACAGUCAUCAUCAAAUAACGCUUAUUCAAAUGGAGUUCCAGUAGCAGUAAGCGGACCGGAGCGUGGUGGAUGGGGUUCACGGCGAAUGAAUAAGCAGACGAAGAUUGAACUUUUAGAAGCUCAACAAGCUCUACAAUCAGAAAUACGCGCUAAACAGCAGCUUUUGGAAGAGCUUAAGAAGAUCCGAUCUGCUUAUUUAGCCACUAAACAGCGUUUAGAUGAAUCUGAUAAACAGAUUGCUGAGCAAAAUCGUGAAAUAGAACGCCUAACCGACGAAAAAGAACAACUGUCCCGUAUUUUAGCGGAGCAUUCUGAUUAUCCUGACCAGAACAGCUCUUUUUUUAGCGUUGUUGGUGAUGUUAACAAUGAUAGAUUGUCAUCAGCAAAUGGAAGCGAUUAUGAAGUUUCAAACAGUUCAUUGAGACGACACCAGCAAUUGAAGCAACAGUCUUUUAAUAGCACUUCACCGGCAUCACCUCCAACUUAUGAAAAUACUCGAAUUCUGACGCCAACACCGAGUACAGCUUCAACAUUGGUUAUGGGCACACAGGGACGAGGAGCCAGUCCAAAAGUUAUUCAGACCUUGAAUAACGCUUUAAAUGGUAAAGGCCAUCGGUUUUCUCAUAUACACUUGCAAACACCAUCGAAAUGUGCUUAUUGUACGUCAAUUUUGAUCGGUUUGGAUCGACAAGGACUCUUCUGUCAAGACUGUCAGUAUGCUUGUCACGUUGCUUGCUUGCCGAAAGUACCGUUGGUUUGUCCGGUUCCACCGGAAGCAAGAAGACCAUUAGGUAUUGAUCCACAGAGGGGAACAGGCACUGCUUAUGAAGGAUUAGUUAAAACACCAAAACCAUCCGGAGUCAAACGAGGUUGGCAGUCAACGUAUGUUGUCGUAUGCGACUUCAAGCUGUAUUUGUAUGACUGCAGCACAGACAAACAUGGAAAAGCGAUCGAUAUUCAUCCAGUUAUCAGACAAGUUUUGGACAUGCGUGAUACGGAUUUCACAGUAACGGGUGUUACGGAAGCCGACGUUAUCCAUGCAUCAAAGUCUGAUUUACCAAAAAUAUUUCGCAUAACAACAAGCCAAAUUCACGGUACGCUGCCAACAUCGGGUAUUAAUACAACGGGGUCAACGUCAAGUAAUGGAAGCGCUUCAUCAGAAGGACCUGUUUCACGACAGUAUACCCUUCUCAUGGCAGAUAAUCAUGAAGAAAAGACGAAGUGGGUAAUUGCGUUGAAUGAAUUAAAAAGUCUUUUGCGUCGAACAAAACUCGUUGACAAGAGUGCUUUCAUGGUCAAGGAAGUGUUUGAUUCGAUAACAUUUCGUGAACUUCGAAAUGCACAAUGCGCUGCAAUUAUAGAUAAAAGCAAAAUUGUUAUUGGUUUCACAGAUUAUGGUUUAUAUGCGGUCGACCUAGAUCGUGAGUCAAUAACAAUGGUUGGUGGUGAGAAGGAAAACAAUAAACGAACAGUUGAACGUGUGGAGUAUAAUGCGGAAGAACAGCUAUUCGUGGUGUUGGUUGGUCCACAAAAAGAUCGUCAUGUUCGUCUAAUACCGAUGGCUGCGCUUGAUGGCCGUGAUUUGAAGUGGAUUAAAGUAGCAGAAACGAAAGGCUGUCAUCUGAUGACAAUGGGUGGUGGUAGCUCGAGUGAUCCAUGCCAUUAUUUCUGUGUUGCAAUCAAAAAAUCGGUGCUCGUUUUUCAAAUUGAUAGAAGUGAAAAACGACAUCGAAAGGUUCGGGAAUUGGCAAUGCCUGGACAACCACAAACAAUGGCAGUAAUGCGUGGUAAGCUAUGUGUUGGUUAUCCAUCUGGUUUUCGCAUGUGGGAUCUUGUGGAUAACACUACUACCGCAUUGGUAAACUUCGAAGAUUCAUCACUUCAGUUUCUUAAUCAAACAUUAUACGAUGCUCAUUUGAUCAUCAAUGUUAGCGGGUAUGAGCAAAAGGAAUUUCUUUUGAUAUUCUCACGUCUUGGUGUUUACGUCGAUGCACAAGGUCGCCGAUGUCGUUCACAAGAAUUAAUGUUUCCGGCUGAGGCAUCAUCGGGUGGUUUCGUUUGUAUAAUGCCACAUUUGUGUGUUUAUUCCGCAAAUGAAAUUGAUAUUUUCAAUGUGAAUAGUGCUGAGUGGGUUCAAACUGUCAAUUUGAACAAGGCAUUUCCUCUGACAAGUAACGGGUUAUUGACGAUGUGCAUGGUGAACGAUAUGCCAUACGUUGUGUUACUUUCGGAUGUACUCUCAGAUGAAGAUGCGGUAAGUAUUCCGGUUUGGACAUCGUCCAGCGUUUCGAAUACGUCAGCACUUUCUCUGAAAGGUAUGGCUGCAAAACGUCGACGGAAAUUCUCUAUACGUACAUCACGUGAUGAAGAUCGACAUGGCAGAAUUGGUGAUCGUCGAAGUCAGUUACCGAUCAGUGGUCCAUCCGAUUUUGUUCAUAUCGUUCAUAUGGGUCCUGGAGCAGGAUUGGAGUUGCAAAAUUUAAUGGAUUUAAAACAGCUUGGUCCUGCAACUCAUUCGCAGAGUAGUUCAUGUGUUGGAACCGGUGCUGCUGAUAAGGUACGUCAAUUUAUUAACCCGAUAAUGCGUUCGAGCAGUACAGCAACAGCUAAUUUGCAUGGUGCGCAAACUUUAAGUAGUAUUUCUCGUCGUGAUUUUGAAUUGAUGCAGUCCAAAACACGUCCAUUGAGUUCGCAUAGCAAAAGUUCAGAUGGUUCUUCGCUAGGACGCAAUGGCAUGCUUUGCACAGCUCAGCUAACAAGUCAAGAAAUUCAUGCUGUGGAACAUCCGGGACCGAUACGACGUCCUGUGCGAGCAAAUUCACAAAUGUCAACAACGAUCCAAGCGUCAACAGUGAAUCGAAAUGAAGUAGCUCGUAUAUAG